UCACAUGUUUAUCUGCCUGUGAAAGUUGUUUUUGUUGAAAAAGGUUAACUGUAAUGUGUUCUAGUUUCAUGAUGUCACAGAAUUCCGGAACACACAACAGUUGGUAUAUUUCAGUUAGAGAAGUACUUGGUUUACACUAACCCAAGUUUGCUUUUUAUAAAACUGCGUACUAACUACUGCAAAAAUGUUUUGCUUCCCACGAAAAAAGAAAAAACAUCAAUUUGAUGUGGAAGUUGCAGACCAGAAGCUUUUCAGCAAACAUAAGAGCAUCAAUGUAAAGGCUGACCCAAAACAAAAAAGUGUGGUCCCAGAGACCUUGGCCACUUCUGCCACCGCAGUUUCAACUCCAGUCAAGGCUUCACGGGAAAAAUCAAAGAAGGUUUCCUGGUGGCGUAGGUGGUUUUGUCGUAAGAAGAAACCCAAGAAUAAGACUCCAGUGAAAGAAGAUGUGGCAGAAAAUGGGAACCUUCCAACAUCCUCUGCCACGAAAGACAUUGUUCGUGCCAUUGAGGAGCCAGAGGGUGGUGAAACUGGUGUCCAGAGGGCUUCACCCACCCUUGACCCUCCAGUCUCAGCUGAGCUACAUUUUGAUGAUAAAAAUGUGACAGAAGACACAAACCAGUCAUCUUCUCUCAUGGAAGAGAUUGUCAUCACAGACAAAGAGUCUGAAGGAAAACCUGUCCAGGAGGCUUCAUCUGCCACUGACCCUCCAGCCUCAGUUGCACCUGAGACUGGAAAGAUAAAGAAGAGUAGGCCACCUCGGUGUCAUAUGGAAAAGGAGUCUCCAGCUGAGACAAAUGAAGGAGUCCCAGCACUGGAGACAGCUGAGGGCGACUCAGAUGAUAAGUUGACCCAAGUUCAAGAAGAUGCAAAGUCCUACUCAAAUGACACCAGCGGGAAAAAAGAAAUGAACUAUGAACUUGCUGCUAAACUCAUAUACAGGCAGUUUAACCCAUCAGGGUAUGGUGGGUGUCUACAGGCAGAAUCAAAAAACAUCAGCCCACAGACAAACACAUACAAACACUCUAAAAAUCAGUUUGCCUCAUCCAGCAAGAAAAACCUCUCCAAAGCAGAUCUGGCCUGCCUUGGGUUUCCCAACCUCGCACAGACCUGCUACAUGAACUCUACUCUGCAAGGCCUUCUAACUCUGAAACAUUUCGUUCAUGAGUUCAACAGCCAGAAGACUGUGUGGAACACUAACGCUAAAUGUCAGAUCAUCAGAUGCCUUGUGGAGCUCGAAGCCUGCCGCACCUCCAACAGUAUGUCAAGGAGGAAACAACUUCUGGCCGCCUUUAAACAGAGUGUCGCUGAGUUUAACUCUGAGUUUGACGAUGACGGUCAGCAAGAUGCCCAUGAGUUCCUCAUCUGUGUGCUGGACAAGAUGAGAUCUCUGUCGCUUGAGCUGCAGGAAGAAGCAUGCAGCAUGGGCUUCAGUUACACCUGCCCUGUAAAUGCUCACAUUGCCUUCCAGAUGUUGAAUACAAUGACGUGCAGACGAUGUGGAGUCCAGUCUACCAGAGAGGAGGACUACACUGCCCUCUCCCUGGACCUGGUGCCUGGAAGCUCAGUGUGGCAGUGUCUGCAGCAAUACCUGAAAGGGAGCUACUUGGAGUAUCACUGUGAGUGUGGAGCUAAGGAGUCAUCACAGCAAUGGUCAUUCUUGACACUGCCAAAUGUGCUGAUCCUCCACCUGAAAAGGCUGAGGUUCACUCCGUCCUUCGAAGUGGAGAAGGUGGUUAGCCCUAUCAUUCUAUCCAGGGAACUUGUGGUACAUUCUGAGCCCAGCAGCACCCAACAGACAAUGUCUCGCUACUCUCUGGUGAGCGUCAUCAGCCAUUUGGGCUACACAGCACACUCCGGCCACUACAUCUGUGACGGUGCUUACCCAGAGGAACCUGGUGACGUGACAGACCGCUGGCUGACAUACAACGACAAGCACGUCAGCAAGACGACAGGAGCCUCAGUCUGUUACCAGCGGCAGAAAACAGCAUGCCUGCUGUUCUAUGAGAAACAGCUCUAGAAGAAUCUCAUGGCUAGGAGAAAGACCUGAAGCACAAGAAGCAAUACACAAAAACAGCAAGGACCCACAUUAUCAAUAUAUAAAAUACUUAAUAAAACUUUUAUUGACCUGGUGCCCAUAGGUUCUUUAGUCUCCUGGAACACAACAGAGCAUUGCAGGGUUAUUCAAAAACAAAAUGCAGGUUUGGAGAUGUGAUCAUGAAAGUUUCUUCUUCCUCUCAGCAGUUCAUGUUCAUUUUAAUAUUGAAAUAGUGUUGUAGUUUAUCAGUUGAGUGAAAGAAUGAAUGAAGAAAUGCAUAUAGCCUAAUGGUCUACUGCCUCUUACAAGUGGGGGCAGAAUCUCAGAAAUGCAUCAGUGAUAGAGAAAUGCUCUCAGUGGCUCCAUCAGAGCUACAGGGUGUGCAGUGCUCAUUUUCACCUAGCACGUUCAAGAGGCUAACAAGUGUGUAGGCCUAUAUGGUGUACUAAACAGAUAUCACAAUAAAAUUGAAAAUCCUUUUAGAAAAAUCAGAAAGCUGCCUAAUAAACAAACAAUCUAAUUAACUAUGCAUAGGUCUCAGGCCACUAUUAGUUUAGGUGUUUUAGCAAGGUUGUAAUGAUAAUUUAUAUUUAUUUCUCAGUCUCUUUAUUAAGAUAUAACCAGAAUAUACAGGAAAUAUGUACACAAUAUUAAAAAAAAACUUCUGAACAAAAUGGUUUCUACAGCCCAAAGUCAGUGUGACUGACAGAUAUAAUAAUAGAUAAAAAGAUACUACUACUAAUAAUCUUUUUCAUAAGAUAGAAAAAUUCUAUUUUAUAUAGAUUUCAGGGGCUCCAUAGUUUUCAUUGUUUGUUGUAAAAAAAACUAUUCAUAAAUAAAUAAUGAAUGUAUUAGUGCCUUAGUGCAUUAGUACAAAGUGGUAAACAUGGCAAUACAGUAAACUGGUCUGAAAAGCAAAUUGCAGCAAGAAGUAGGCACGGCCACUUGUCAUCAGCUCGUCAUCAGGCUUUUGACCAGAUGGCUGUGAACAUCUCCACCGAAUGAUUCCCAAAGCCUUAUAGACUGCACUUAAAGUAGUACUGCCUCCAACGAAGUGCAGUCCACUGGAAACCGAGCAGGAGGAGUCGCACUUUACUACUUCGUGUAGUUGCCUAUUAAUUAUUACUGAAGACUAGAACUUCCAUGCAUUCACAAAUUUUUUUAAUGUUAUCAUGAAUUCACGUGCUUAAUAUCAAGUGUAAUUACUAUGUCAGGAUCCACUGUGAAUAUUUAUUUAUGUAUUUAUAAUACUUUUAGCAAAAUUAAGGCCGGGGUGUAGGAGUACAAAUGACCCUACGACUAAGUCCUUCCUUAAUUUAAGCAGCUGUCACACUUGCUCAUAGUUGUUAAAAUGUCAGUUCAGACUUGUGUAUCUUUGUGUUAGAUCAUACAUUGCUGCACUAAACACAAAGGUCCAGAUUAUAGUAGGUUCAAAUGAUA